AGUCUCCCUCUGCCGUCUCACUUGUGCGGUUCGGUCCAGCUUGGGUCCAGUGGACGGUCGCAGUUCCGCUGGUCGACAUUAGGUCUUGGAACAUCCAUCAGAGACGUUUCGCUUCACGGAAACGUUUUUAUUUUUAAUUUGCUUGGAAGAGAUCAGCUGGCAGAGUCCAGGCAGCUUCGUUGGUUCUGACCCGCAGAAGGAGCCGGUCUGAGGUGAAGCAGAGCACAUCCUGCCUGGGAGUCACGAGCACAGCUCCAGCCUCAUAGCCUCCAUCAUGCAGCCCUGCAUUAUUCUCUUCUUUUUCUCCUCCAUCUUUAGUCUUUCUCUUGUUCCCCUCUGCUUUUCUCAGAAUGAUGCAGACAUCGUUCAUACACGUUAUGGUCGUGUCCGAGGCAUUCGCCUUCCAGUCCCGAGUCAGAACUAUGUUACUGCCUUUCUAGGCAUCCCCUUUGGUGAGCCGCCUAUCGGAAAGCAACGUUUUCGCCCUGCUGAACCCAAACGUCCCUGGACAGGACUGUUAGAGGCCAAUGCCUACCCAAAGGCCUGUUACCAGUUUGUAGAUACCUCAUUCCCCGGCUUCCAGGGCAUCGAGAUGUGGAAUCCAAACAGAGAGAUGAGUGAGGACUGCCUGUACCUGAACAUCUGGGUGCCUUCUUCUCCCAGACCUCACAACCUAUCUGUCAUGGUGUGGAUCUAUGGUGGAGGGUUCUACAGCGGUUCUUCUUCACUGGAUGUGUAUGAUGGCCGCUACCUUGCCCACACUGAGACAGUCAUUGUAGUUUCUAUGAACUACCGGAUUGGUGCUUUUGGCUUUCUGGCGCUGCACGGCUCCUCUGAAGCUCCUGGGAACGUGGGUCUGUUGGACCAAAGAUUGGCGCUGCAGUGGGUGCAAGACAAUAUCCAUUUAUUUGGUGGAAAUUCCAAACAGGUGACCAUCUUUGGAGAGAGUGCAGGUGCUGCCUCAGUAGGAUUUCACCUUUUGGCUCCAGACAGCAGGCCUUUGUUCACCAGGGCCAUCCUCCAGAGUGGGGUCCCCAACUGUCCCUGGGCUUCAGUCAGCCCUGCUGAAGCCAGAAGACGGGCUACACUUCUCGCCAAACUUACAGAUUGUUACGGAGGCAACGACACCGAGCUGGUAGACUGUCUACGCAAUAAAAGUCCACAAGAACUCAUUGACCAAGAAUGGCGGGUUCUGCCGUGGCCGGCUCUUUUCCGGUUUUCGUUUGUACCUGUUGUGGAUGGUGAGGUUCUGCCUGACACUCCUGAGGCCAUGUUGAAUGCUGGCAAUUUCAAAGACACUCAGAUUCUUCUUGGGGUCAACCAAGAUGAAGGUUCCUACUUCCUGUUGUACGGAGCACCAGGAUUUAGCAAGGAUAAUGAGAGCCUCAUUUCUAAAGAUGACUUCCUGGAAGGCGUCCGAAUGAGUGUACCGCAUGCUAACGAUAUUGGCGUAGAGGCUGUGGUGUUGCAAUACACCGACUGGAUGGAUGAAAAUAAUGGGGUGAAGAAUCGUGAUGCCAUGGAUGACAUUGUGGGGGACCAUAAUGUGAUCUGCCCGCUGGCCCACUUUGCUCGCACUUACUCCCAACACCAUGCCCUGAAGGCCAAUGUGGGAAGUUCUGGGUUUGGGGUGAUGAAUACUGCAGGAAACUCACAAGGAGGCGUAUAUCUCUACUACUUUGAUCACCGGGCCUCUAACUUAGCUUGGCCAGAGUGGAUGGGUGUGAUCCAUGGCUACGAAAUUGAGUUUGUUUUUGGACUGCCGCUGGAGAGAAGAUUGAAUUACACCUCAGAGGAAGAGAGGCUGAGUCGACGCAUGAUGAAAUACUGGGCCAACUUUGCACGGACAGGAAACCCCAAUGACGGGCUUGUGGACAAAGGAAAGCGCUGGCCUGUGUUCACCAUCAAUGAACAGAAACAUGUUGCUCUUAACACUGAACCAUUAAAGAUCCACAAAGGUUUACGCAACCAGAUGUGUGCUUUCUGGAAUCGUUUCCUGCCACGCCUCCUCAACAUCACAGGUAACAUAGAUGAAGCAGAGCGCCAGUGGAAGGUGGAGUUCCACCGCUGGUCUUCCUACAUGAUGCACUGGAAGAGUCAGUUUGAUCACUACAGCAAGCAGGAGCGCUGUACUGACCUCUGAGACUGCUGACCUAUAAAAGCCUCAAUCGCUGUGAGCCCUGACUUCUGACAACUUGUUCUCUGACAUCACAAAAUUCUGAGAGCCCUUACCUCUUCAAGCCCUAACCCUUUAGACCCUUUAGACACUCAACCUCCGAAACCACCAACCUCUGAGACCCCUGACCUCUGUGAGCUCUGACCUCUGAGACCACUAAUGUUUGAGACCACUGACAAUUGAAACCCCUGACCUCUGAGACCGCCAAGAGCCAUGACCUUUGUGAGGCCUGACUUCUGAGACCACUGUUGUUUGAGACCACUGAUGUUUGAGACCACUGGCAUGUGAGACCCCAACAUUUGAAAGCCCUGACCUCUGAGACCCCAAGACCAUAAGACCACCGACCGUUAAGACCACUGAUAUCUGAGACCUCUGAGAGCAACAGGAUAAAAACCUAAUUACUUUAUGUCAUGGUAUUCCUCUGUAGUCCCUCACUGAAGUGUAACUUCACAGCACACACACAUCUUAGCACUGCUCAUAUUUAUUUAUAAUAUUUAUACUAUUUAUUGAAACUUACUGUAUAUAUUUGUGUGUGUGUGUGUAAACAAGGGACUGUGGAGGAAACCUUUAUUUCAUUUG